GGCACCCAAGGACGCGAUGACGCGAUCGGCGGGCGCCCGCGGAGGGCUGACGUCAUCGGGGAGCGCCGGGAGAAGCGGGAGCGGCGCGAUGCGGCGCGCGGGGGGCCUGGGACGGUUGUGCGCAGGCGCCUGGCGGCGGUGUCCUUCAGGUUACAGAGGAGGAUGUGGAGGCAGGCUCAGACGGUUUUGCAGCACGGGAAUGACCUUGGAGAAUGUCAACAGGGCAAUGGUGGAUCGCAUCAUUCGGGUUGAUCACGCAGGAGAGUAUGGAGCCAACCGCAUCUAUGCUGGUCAGAUGGCCGUCUUAGGAAGAACAAGUGUAGGUCCAGUUAUUCAGAAAAUGUGGGAUCAAGAAAAGGACCACUUGAAAAAAUUUAAUGACUUGAUGAUUACAUUUAGAGUUCGACCAACCCUCCUGAUGCCCUUGUGGAAUGUGGUGGGCUUUGCGCUGGGUGCGGGAACGGCCUUUCUUGGGAGAGAAGGAGCAAUGGCUUGCACUGUGGCCGUGGAAGAGUCAAUAGCAAACCACUACAACAACCAGAUUAGGGCACUAAUGGAAGAGGAUCCAGAAAAAUAUGAAGAACUUCUUCAGAUAAUAAAGAAAUUCCGCGACGAAGAGCUGGAGCACCAUGACACGGGGCUCGAAUACGACGCGGAACUGGUCCGUUCUACACUCCAAGAAUCCUGGCCUGGUUAAACGCCUCCAAGAAGAUUUCUGAUGAAGGAAGGGGAAGGCCCCUCGGGUCACAGGCAAAGCAGCGUGGCAGAAUGGCAGGGUGCCUACCUGUCUGGAAACGGGCCGACCUGGGUUUGAGUCGAACCCUGUGACCGCGACUGAGGCCCUCAACCUCUCGGUACAUCAGUUUCAUCAUCUGCAAAAAGGGAAUAAUACCACCUGCCCCACAGGGUUGUCGUGAGGGCAAAAAUGAGGGCAGUAA